AUGGUCGGCAAGAAGAAGCGUGGGCACCCCGAUGUCGAGGAGGUACUUUCACGUCCCUGGUGCUAUUACUGUGAGCGUGAUUUCGAUGACCUUAAGAUCCUCAUCUCCCAUCAGAAGGCUAAGCACUUUAAAUGCGAAAGAUGUGGUCGCCGACUGAACACUGCAGGAGGACUCUCCGUCCACAUGAAUCAGGUCCAUAAGGAGACCCUCACGAGUGUCGACAAUUCGCUGCCGAACAGACAAGGGUUGGAGGUGGAAAUAUUUGGUAUGGAAGGUAUCCCGGAAGAUGUUGCCCAAGCACAUAAUCAGCGCAUCAUUGCAGGUUUCUACCAAGCACAAGCCGAGCGACAAGCUGCGACCGGGAAUCCAGGACCUGGGGCGCAGAAUGGAGGACAAGCAAAAAAGCCUAAGUUCGAAUCUCCUGCAGAGUUGAAGAAACGGUUGGCAGAACACAAAGCUCGAAAGGCAGAACAAGCUGCGAAUGGCGACAGUGGAGGCAAUACGCCGAUGAUGGAUCCUGCUCAGAACAGCCCUCUAGGCCACAGCCCAGGUUCAUUUAAUGCUUCCCCAUUUCCUCCUCCACAAGCCGGUUACGGCGCAACACAAGGUGCGGGUUAUGGAUCGUUUUCACAAGAGCCUUAUACACAACCAACGGCAGCUUACCAACAGCCUCCCUAUCAACCCCCCUUCUCUGGCCCUCCUGGCCAAGCACCAUAUCAACCUGCUUACUCUCCACCACAACAAUUUCCCCCUACUCAAUCCUUUCCUCAAUACCAACCGCCAUCAUAUGGAGCAGGUUCGCCGCCUGGCUCGUUUGGCGGCUAUCAGGGUCCACCAUCACACACUCCUCCACAACUUGGAGGAUUACCAAAUCGUCCGCCUAGUCUCCCACCUGCUCCAGGUCUGCCACAGCGACCCUCAUUCACAGCACCUGCACUGCCGGCACAUCAAAUGCAACAGACGCAUCAAGCUCCACCUCCGUCAGGUAAUUGGGGAAGCAAUGGUUGGAAAGGACCAGAACAGAACACAGCUAUGUCAUCAGCUUAUCCUCACCCUCAAGGUUUUCCUGGAACUUAUCCGACUAACGCUUCCUCGGCGGAUGACCUGGUAUCAGGCGCCGCUAGAGAAGCUGAUGACAUUGACGAGCUCAUCAGGAUGGCUGAGGCAGGUAUAAAACCUCCGAAGAAGGGAGAAACACCGGCACCAGUUCAAGCUUCAGAAGCUACACCUACACCUACACCUGCACCCGCGCCUGCACCCGAAGUCAAGUCCGAUGCUACUGAGAAGCCCGAGCAGAGCGAGAAGAAGUCGAAGAAGGAGAAGCCGAUUAAGAUGAUAUAUUCCGACAACGAAUUGAGUCCAGAGGAGAGGAUGGCUAAGAUGCCAAGGUACGCAUUCGUCCCUGAUGGAAAGACUGAAUCAUCACUUGUCGAGGCUGCUACGGUUCCAGGUGUUGCUGGUCCUGUUGAUGCAUAA